UUAAGCUGUGGCGUGGCGUUACUAGUACUAUAUUUUCUAUGGUUACAAAGCAAUCUCAGUUUUCUUAAAGUAAACCGCAAAAAUUAUCUCGUUCAAUCCAAGUGCUUACAAUUCUUAUUUUACGGUUUCUCUCACACUUAAUACAAAAUUUAGAAUAUAAGUACGAUAAGGGUAAGGGUUAGUUCCUUUUUAUGGUUAUGUUGGUAAUUGGACAUUAUUAAAAUAGUAUUGUACUGUCAAAUUGCAAUGGAUGUGCGAAGGUCGAUCGUGGAUUCGUGUAGUGAUAUUUUAGAAAAAUCUUGCUUGUUAAUAACUUCUAAUCAAAAAUAUAAAAAGCUCAAACAUCGUGUUUGAUAUUGAAGAAUAAUAUUUGGUUUGUUUUUUAUUAUAUACGUCGCUUGUAACAGUUUAGUUAAUCGUUCUAAAGUGUCAUCUGGUGGAAUUUCUUUCAUUUGCACAUCUAGCAUCUAGCACACGUGAAAUUCGAGGUUGAGGUCGUUUGGUACUAAAUUAGUUCAUAUAUUCAACAAUAUGGAAUCUUGGGAUGACGAUAAUUUUGAGCCGCCAGCGCCUGCAACUGUUCCAGUUCAUGCAAAUAAAUGGGAAGGUGAGGAUGAGGAAGAAGAUGUUAAGGAAAGCUGGGAGGAUGAAGAUGAAGAGAAGAAAGAAGAAAUGAAGCAGCAAGAUACAGACCUUAAGAAGCCUAGAAAGAAGACAUUGCAAGAAAAGAUAACUGAAAAAGAGAGAUUGAAACGAGAGGAGAUGGAGAAGCGGCUUCGUGAACAGGAAGAAGAAGAAAUAUCAUCAGAAGAAAGGCUUCGAAGACAAAAAGAGUCAGAUUUAAAAAUAGCCUUAGAAACGACGUUUGGUGGUGAUAAAGUUAGUUCAGGAAUAGGCGAUCUCGAUAUGCCUAACACUAAAGAAGAAUUUGAGAAUUUUGCAGAUGUUUUAUCUAAAAAACUAACACCUCUUUCUAAAAAUAUAGAAUAUCCUACAUUUAUUGAAAACUUAACUAGAAACCUAUGUGCCACAAUGUCAUCUAUAGAUAUUAAAAGAAUAAAAAAUUCUUUAGAUAAUUUAUAUUUGGAAAAACAAAAAAUUGAAAAAGGUGAAAAGACGAAGAAAAAUAAGGGCAAAGGCAAGGCAAAACUUAAAAUGGAAGGAGAUAACCAACUCUCUCAGUUGUCUGCUUACGUGAAUGACUUUGAUGACUAUGACGAUUUUAUGUAGCAGAAAAUGCUGUUAGAUAGGUUUUAAUAUUUAAUUUUUAUCUAAGUUAUCUCAAGUUGUUACACGAAUUGCUCUAAUUUACAAAAAUAAGAUGUACUGUACUUUAUGCAAUAUAUUUUUUUUAUAUAUAACUUUUGAA